AUGUCUUCUUCAUACCCGGGUAAGAUCGCCGACUGGAUCGAGUACAACAAGAGUUUUGUCACAGAUGUUUUCCCUUCCCUUCCUCAGCCAUGGCAUAUGGCUGAGCGUCGGCUCCUCGCCAAAGAAACCGGCGAGACGACCCUAGUCCUGACCUGCCUCGAUCCUCGUUGUGUCCCGGAGACGUUCUUCGGCCCCGGUUUUGACGGCGGAGUGAUCCGCAACGCCGGAGGGCGGGCCACGGAUGACGCGAUUCGCAGCCUGACCUUGUUGCGCGGGCUCGCUGGGCUCAGGAAUGUCGUCGUCAUCCACCACACAGAUUGCGGUGUUACGCAUGUGACGCCGGAAGAAAUCGUCAACACGGUGGCAGCCGAGGGCGACGCGGAUGCGAAGCGCGCGGCCGAGGAGAUUGACUACAAGCUGUUCUCGUCCGACGAGUUUGAGGACUCCAUCAUGGAGGAUGUCCGCAUUUUGAAGAGCGCCAAGUCGCUGGCCGGCCUAAACAUUUUGGGUUUCAAGCUCGAUACUUUCACUGGGAAGAUUGAGCCUGUGGGGAUCUGA